ACUGUUAUUUAAAGGAGUCUUUCCCCCCCUUUGAUGAUUCUAUCGUAUUCUCAUCAUCAUCAAUCAGUUCCUUCAUAAACAAACAAACUCUCCUUGAACAUCUUUUAGAUUGCACCAGGAGUGCCUUGAAUACAACUACCUUGAAGGUUAAUAGACGAUACAUCUACGAUACCCAUACCCAGCAGACUAAGACAGUCCAGCAAUUACUUCAACUAUACACCACAUACAACUCUUCAACUUUACAAACAUCACAAUGGCUUUCGGAUCCUCUCGCACCAGAACCUCUUCUGAGGAGCAGCGUGGACGAAGCACUGAGCCAAUUCCCCUCAUGGAGUCUAAGCAACGAACAAACUCAUACUCCAGCGAGUUCUCGACCCAAUCUACGGCAUCUUCCACAACCAAAGCCUCCCGCUCUUGGUUCAAGGCUGCUCCUCAGCCAGUCAACAAUGUUACCUACUGUGGCCGCCAUUCAAGCCAGUUCCUCUUUGGCGGCCCUUCUCUGGCUGAUCUCGCCCGGGCAAUGUUGGGCAAGGAUUGAAGUGUCAGCUGUACGAGCACAUACGAACAAGAACAAAGAAACCCUGCCCUGCAGCAUCACCAGCACUAUAGCAUGACCGCCUAAUCACACCAAAGCAACAUAACACCUUGUGCUGGUUGUUUCACACUCACUCAUCGUCACUGGCUGGUACGGGACGGACACUCUCAUUCAUUGGGAAGCUUGGCGUCUUUGGUAUGGUUAAAGACAAUUGUCCAUCCAACCAGGCACAAUUAGGGAAACUUUUUUAGGAGUCGGGGUGGGAAUGACUGUACCACAAGAGACAUGAUACCAUUUUUGUGUAACAAUACCUAUUACAAUGAGUCCAUGAAUUCGAUACGAAUUUUUUUACAAAA